AUGUUGCCGAAAGGUGAUGCCGUCUCCGAACCUCAUCGCUCGUCCUCUGACGCUCAGGUCAAGCGCGAUGAAAGUCAAAAGGGAGCUUUGGGAAGCGAAGGCGAGGUCGUCCAGUCGGCUUCGGGAACUCUUGACGCAGUCUAUGGGGUCGGUGGAGUCGGCCGCACGCAGCGAAGGUUGAAGGCACGACAUGUAACAUUCAUUGGGUUUGGGGGAGGUAUCGGAACAGGUUUAUUCGUUGGUACGGGAGCGGCAUUGGGCAACGCUGGUCCCCUCGGGUUGCUUCUAUGCGGAACUUUGGAUGCUCUUACUGUAUAUGCUAAGAACGUCAGGGCUUUUGCGGUGGUUGGCGCCAUUCUGUGGUGUGUGAUGGAGUCCGUUGGCGAGCUUGCGACUCUGUUUCCGACUGCCGGCUCAUUCCCACAUUUCGCCACUCGAUUCGUUGACCCAGCACUUGGAUUUACUCUCGCCAUUUCUUAUGGAUAUUGUUACACAAUCGGAACUGCCUCCGAAGUCUCGGCCGCGGCAGUCGUGGUGUCUUAUUGGACCGACAUCACUCCUGCUCUAGUGAUAACUCUCGGUCUUGCCGCCAUUUUCGCCAUCAACAUUAUGAAUGUCCGCUUCUUCGGCGAGACUGAGGUUAUCACUGCCUCCAUCAAAAUCCUCUGUUUCCUUUGCUUGAUCGUGGUCUCCUUGGUCAUAACACUGGGCGGGGGACCAAAUCAUGACCGAAUAGGCUUCAGAUACUGGAAAAAUCCGGGUCCAUUUACCGACUACAACGGCAUCAAAGGAAGUACGGGACACUUCCUCGCUUUCUUCAGCGCCAUGAUUAACGCCAGCUAUUCAUUUAUCGGUGUUGAGACAGCAGUCGUCGCUGCUGCCGAGACGCUUAACCCUCACAAAGCGAUUCCUAAAGCUACCAAGCGAGUCACAUAUCGGAUCAUGUUCUUCUACAUCCUGGGCUCCCUCCUUAUAGGAUUAAUCAUUCCGUCCGACGACCCGAACUUGCUCAGUGGAUCUGGAAACGCCAACUCCUCACCUUGGGUCCUAGCUGUCAAGAAUGCAGGUAUCGGAGUCCUUCCCCAUAUUAUCAACGCAUGUAUACUUGUCUCAGCCUGGUCCGCUGGAAAUAGUUACUGCUAUAUCGGUGCCCGUAUCCUGGUCGCGAUGGCAGUCGACAAUCAGAUGCCUCAGUUCUUCGGCAGGACAAAUCGCUGGGGUGUGCCCUAUUACGCUGUUUUGGGAUCUUUUGCUUUCGGUCCUCUCGCAUAUCUCAGUUUGGGUUCUGGCGGCGCAACACAGGCAUUUACCUGGCUCUUGACUCUCAGCACUCUGGCUGGUCUGCUGGCAUGGAUGACUCUGUGCAUUGCAUAUAUCCGGUAUCAUCACGCCUGUGUGGCUCAAGGUAUCGACCGCAACGAUUUGCCAAUGAAAGGUCGUCUCCAACCUUAUGCCGCCUGGUUCGGUGCAGUCGGUUCCGCAAUCGUCGUUCUGUUUUCCGGCUUCAGCGUAUUUUUAUCUGGAAAUUGGUCGGUGUCGGAUUUCAUUGCGAACUACAUCGGGAUUGUCAUUUAUAUCGUGCCGUUCGUAGCGUGGAAGAUUGUGAUGAAGACGAGCUUUGUUCGGUCGAAGGAGAUGGAUUUGUUCUCGGGCCGCUUCGAUUCUACUUAUGCGCCUGAAGAGCCAGUACCAACUACCUGGUGGGGGAACUGUGCCCUCAAAUCUUGGCUGUAUCGCGCAAAACUCGGCUUUGACCCAAGCACAAUCUAUAAGGGUGCCAACGACUCUACCUCAGUUCUUCAUAGCGAAGCUCUGACGUUCCAGAGUCUUCGGGAACACGAGAAAGAGCUGACGGCGUGCUUCUCGGUGGCUGCGGAUAUCGAUAUCGCCACGCUGAAGUGGGACUCGAACCCACGCCACUUUCGUGACCAGGAAAUUGUUGUUAAGGAAACCUUAACCUGGCGCCAUAACCAGCUCGGCCAUCUGUCCUUUGUUGUUGUGAUGUUGAUGAGAUUGCAAGUGGUAUUAAGUUUAGCAUCGAAAUUUUUGAGCUUACAUAAGCCAUGUGACGUGAAUGAUCCAGGCGAUCCGAUCCCGCAAUCCAAAUCCGGAUGUCGCUUAACGGAAUCGUUGUCGACGCCUUCAUAUACCGGUACUUAUGACAUGGAGCGCGAGGAACAGUGUUCGCUGUUCGCUUCAGUCACGAAGCUGCAUCCCAUAUCAGAGUCGAUCAAAGAAAGCUUGUCAAUAUAUGUGAGCCAGGACCAUGGCACUUUACCUACCAAUAGCAAAACCCCUCAGCAACAGCAGGCAUGGCAACUCCGUCUCCAUCAGGCUCUUCACAGGGCAAUCACCAGCGUCAUCCGUCGCAAAAGUGCUUCUCCGUGGCACGGAAGGAUCCCCAGGUUCUCUCCCUACCUCCCAGACCCUCUCCUCCCAUCCCCCCCAAGUCGACUUCUGUCACUCCGAUACCCAAACCCGCUAUUCCAAGCCCCUGGACAACAUUUCAUGUCCAGCCAGACUCCCAUUAAAGUCACCAACCUCGAGUUGCCACUCAAGCUCCGCCACCCCGAUGGUAGUGUCCGACGGGAAACUCCCGCUGAGCGGGAUUUGAUCCGGGAGAUUUUCCCAGCCAUGCGAAGAUGGAGAGAGAAAUUGCCCGCCAAGGUCAAUGGCUUCCCGAUCAAUUACUUCUGGAAACCAUCAGAUAUUGGCGCAGAAAUGGCUAUCAGAAGGAUCACUCCCGCUCCCGGUAUCUUGGAUGACUCCAACUACCUGGUGGGAGCAGGUCGGCUGGACUUGCGACCAGGAGUCAUGGUCGAAGGGCUAGAAAACGAUCUCACUUCCUCUUCGGGCACGACAUCCGGCAUCUGCGUUCAGUCUCUCAAAACAGGCCAGCAAUAUGUGACCUUGGCCGCAUGUAAGAACAGACCAGAACAUGCGCGAAACGGUCUAUCGCAAUCUACUGGAGAGCUCAAUCUUUAUCGUUGGCAUCCUGCUGAGGCUCAGGAAUCCUCGACACCUCACCUCGUGAGGAAAAACGCAAAAAUAAUCGCUCGUCGCGACUAUUUUCUAAUGGGGAUAGGUCUACAGUGUCCAGCCAGGCUGGAUGGAGGACCUCACUUCAGGGAACCCCUUAACGGCGGGAUUGCGUACAGCCCGGCGCCUUAG